GGACAUUUAAGCGAAUGCCGCGCUAACAUUGGUCGACAUUUCAAGUUGCAAAUUUGAUCAAUUUUGGUAUUUUUCGUGCCGACUUUUAUUCGAUAAAAGGGCCUGUGGUACUAUAAAUUACGUUCACGAAGUAUACACAGAUUAAAACAGCCUUUAGCUGAGUGUUUUUGAAAGACAAACGAAAAACUCAAGAUUUAUAAUUUGCAUAGCCAACUUUUUUGAAAUUCGCGCGUAAUCGAACUUGUCAAACACUUUCAUCUGUGGAUUUUAUUUUUUCAAAUAACCAAGAUUAUUGCGUUAUUGAUAUUUUGAGUGACUGAAAUUUCGAAAUAAGGCAGGAGUGUUCAAUAAUAUUGAGAUAAAAUAGUUGAAAAGCUGUUUUUCUACGAAGAAAACUGUGAAAUUUCCCAGAUUCUCGCAAUAACAUCAUUUGACGCAUGCGCUCUGUCAUCUGCCGGUAGGCCAACGUCCGCUACAGACCUCCCGAAUCGAAAAACGAAAGAACAGUCAUAUUUAUUCAGUGAAACUAGUAGUUCAGAUUUGUGAAGUUUUUUUGUGGUAGACAAUUUUUUAUCAUGGCGUCCGGUGUAACAGUGUCGGACAUCUGUAAGACGACAUACGAGGAGAUCAAGAAGGACAAGAAGCACCGCUACGUCAUCUUCUUCAUCAAGGACGAACGCCAGAUCGACGUCGAGGAGAUCGGCUCGCGCGACGAGGAGUACGACUCCUUUUUGCAGAAGUUGCAAGCCGGCGGUGCGGGAGAAUGCAGGUAUGGCCUCUUCGACUUUGAAUAUAUGCACCAGUGCCAAGGCACAUCGGAAUCCUCCAAGAAGCAAAAACUGUUCCUGAUGUCGUGGUGCCCCGACACUGCCAAAGUCAAGAAGAAGAUGUUGUACUCUAGUUCCUUCGACGCUCUAAAAAAAUCCCUGGUAGGUGUCCAAAAGUACAUUCAGGCGACAGACCUGUCCGAAGCCAGUCAAGAGGCGGUAGAAGAAAAAUUGCGAUCCACCGAUCGCCAGUAGCGCGCGCAGGCGCA